GGUAGUGGGGCGGAGAGCAGGCUGGUAUGUUACUACAGUACUGCAGGCAGCAGUGGAAUCAUCUUAUAUUAGCUACAAGCAUUUCGCUCAGUUAGUCAAUGGAUUAUACCGUUUCUGUUCAAGUGCAACAUCAGCUGACGGUGUUUCCAACCCACUUAUACCAGGGUUACAGUUUGGAGUUACAGAUGAAGUCUACAGAAGUGGACCAGGGACUUUUCACCGACAGCUACUGCAGAGUGUGCAGUGCGCAGCUCAUCUCCGAGUCCCAGAGAGUGGCCCACUACGAGAGUCGGAAACAUGCAAACAAAGUGCGGCUGUAUUACAUGUUGCAUCCAGUGGAUGGAGGCUGUCCUGCCAAGAAGCUCAGAACAGAUAAUGGCACUGACGAGGGGGACGUGGAUAAGAACAAGUGCUGCACGCUGUGCAACAUGUCCUUCACCUCAGCAGUGGUGGCACAGUCCCACUACCAGGGCAAGAUCCAUGCCAAGAGGCUAAAGCUACUGCUGGGGGAGCCUCCCGCCAUCAAUGGAAAAGAGGUUCCACCAAAUCCCGUGAAGACCCCCCCGGAGAUGUCUCUGGUGACCUCGCCGCGGCAGCGCCGGGACUCGGAUCGCUACUGCCAGCUGUGCAACGCCUGGUUCAACAAUCCGGGCAUGGCGCAGCAGCACUACGAUGGCAAGAAGCACAAGAAGAACGCCGCCCGUGCCGACCUGCUGGAGCAGCUGGGGAAAACCCUGGACAUGGGAGAGAUGAAAGGUCUGAAGCGCAGCUAUACCUGUGAUGUCUGCAAUGUCACGCUCAACUCUGUGGCGCAGUAUCACGCACACCUGCAGGGCUCCAAGCACCAAAACAACCUAAAGAACCAAUUGUGUGUCCAGUGAAUCUGAACAAGAAACCAACCAUCGGAUUGAUGUCAGACAAGCUGUGGUCAGCUUGUCCCACUUUUUUUGUUUCUCUCUCUCUCUCUGUCUCGCUCUAUCUAUCUAUCUCUGUCAUGUUUUCAUCCUAUUUCUGUCAGUUUGGAAGAUUAGGAUUUUUGUCUCCUCAGUUGAUGAUACUCCUGAUGUCAGCUUUACAAAGCAGGAUGUGAACGCAGAGAAUAGCAAUAGCAAUAGUCUUCAGUGUGCACGAUGCACUCCCGGCCCCCUGGCCCCUCCCAUUACAUUCACAUACAUUUCCUAGGAAUGAUUUGUCAGUCAGCUCCACUGAUCAAAAUACUCUCUGCCUUCCCUGCAACAGCCUGUAUUUCACUUAAACCAUUCCUUUACUACUGUUUAUUUAAUUGUUUUUAUAUUGCUGUCUUCAGUUUGACAGGUACAUAGUCCUGUCUUUCAAAUCCUAGUACUCAUUGACUUGAAAUGAAUGGGAGCAUUCAGAGAAUUGGUACAUUGUUAAGAAAUUAAGAGAGAAAGAAGUGGAUUUUAAACUUUCAAUAUUUCUGUCAAAAUUAAAGAGUUUGAUCCGUAUUGUGCAACAUAUGUAUGUUAUGUCAUAUGGGUGAAAUGUGCAUUUACAUUAUGAGCAAAUACGAAUUAAGGAUAACUUUAUUUUUAUUAGAUUUUAACAAUGGCAAAGUGUAUUGGAAAAUGAUCUAAGUCGUGGUUAUUAUUUUGUUUACGGUGCUGGAAAUGUGUGAUAAAUGAUCAUGUUUCAUUAGCCUAUCGCAGUUUAUGAGUUGAGCUAAGAAGAAUGUGUUAUCGUCUGAUAGAUUUUCUUUGGGCCACUAUGUAGCUACACCAGGGGCAUUUCCGUUAGGAUUCUCUUUUUUGUCCGGAGGUGGUUUUUUCAGUCUGCUCAUGUGGUUUGGAGAUAACAGUGGUGAUGUGAUCUUUGUCUCAGGGAGGUCCACUUUAAUUACAGACCAUUUCGUUAUUCUAUCGGAACUGUUUGUCAUGUUUAUUUGCGUUGAAUUACUCGUCAUUUCAUUUCAAGGCUUUUAGAACUGACUGGCACACUGAUUUAGGGGAUUUCAUUUAGGUUAAACUGUUUGGGUAAAGUGUCUCGGUCAAAAUUGGUGCAAUAGACUGCCAAUGAAUAUGUAAAAGUAUUUUGAAACUUGUCCCAGCUAUGACCUAAAGCUCUCAUUACAGUUAUGUAGCAUCCAUGUAAAGUUACUGUAUUGACUUGCCACAGUCUUAUAGCAAUUAUGUGGCAUUAAUGUGUUACCUGGGAUGUGUUUUAUCCGGUGGGGGAGGUCUGGCAAUGCUAUAUAGUACUUAUGAUAAUAGUGAUAUUUAGUGAAUUGUUUAUCUUGCUGAAUCAGAUCAUUUAAAUUCAUAACAGAAAUGAAUUAUCAAGAGAUAUUUAUUUGGCUGUCACUGCAGUGCUGUGUUGAAAUCAAAAUGUAGUGUUUGAUCAAUAGCCUUUAUAAAAAGUAUUUGUAUUUUGUUUGUCGUCAUUGUAAAUGAUCGAUUUGUUUUAAAACAAUUCCUGGGAAAUCUUCGAUUAAAUAUUUUCUCUCUUUUUGACACGAGAAGACUUUUUACAGUUUUUUUUUUCUGCUUGGCAAUACUCCAUCGCAGAUUUUGUUUUCAUUUGUGAGAGAGAAUUGGGGAGGGAAAUGAUACUGUUUUUAAUUGGGAAGGAAACAGGAUUUGGCUCAAGUUUGUAAGCAGAAAGGUUGUGCAUUAAAAUAGGAGUGGGUAAUGACAGCGUCUAAAGAGCUCUUAAGAGCAUUGGCCUUGGUGGUGCUGCAGGUCAAAAUCCAGUGUAAAUAUUUUUAUUAAUAUUACAAACAAUAAGGACUCUGUGCACGGAUUGAUUUUCAAACUCCAUUCACUGAAAUGCUCCGCUAAAUCAAAAGCUAAUUUAUGCAUUCCUACCACUGGGCCAUCUCAUUAGAAAGUGCAUUUAUCCCUCUUCCUAAAUGGUUGCAUCUAUUACAACCGCCACCCCCACAACCUCUCCCUCUUUGUAUUCCGGUAUUCUGGGCUAUGUACUGUACUGCGUCUUAUGGAAAAUAAAAGACACUUGCAACUUGUGAAA